GGUGACGCGAUUCUGUCCGCGUUGGAGCGGGCGGGCCGCCGCCAGAGCCUCCGCGGCCGCCGUGUGACGUGGCACAGCCGAACACUUAACGCCGCGCCGGAGCCACCGCACCAGUCGCCGAGCAGCUCCCGGUCCCGCUACGUCGUGCCCCGCGGCUUCGCCGACACGCCGGCCGGCGAGACAGUCUUCAGCCUUUCCUCCUCCGCCCCGUUGGUCGUGAGCCGGAACCGAGAAGGCCCGAGGACGCACCAGACCCCCUCUUUGGACCGUCGCAAGUGCCACCACCGCUAUGGGCCUCACCAUCUCCUCCCUCUUCUCUCGCCUCUUCGGCAAGAAGCAGAUGCGCAUUUUGAUGGUUGGAUUGGAUGCGGCUGGCAAGACGACAAUUCUGUAUAAACUGAAAUUAGGGGAGAUAGUCACCACCAUUCCCACCAUUGGUUUUAAUGUGGAAACAGUGGAAUAUAAGAACAUUUGUUUCACAGUAUGGGAUGUUGGUGGUCAAGAUAAAAUUAGGCCUCUCUGGAGGCAUUACUUCCAGAAUACCCAGGGUCUUAUUUUUGUGGUAGAUAGCAAUGAUCGAGAAAGAAUUCAGGAAGGAGCAGCUGUGCUGCAGAAAAUGCUUCUGGAAGAUGAGCUGCAGGAUGCAGUGCUGCUGCUGUUCGCAAACAAACAGGAUUUGCCAAAUGCUAUGGCCAUCAGUGAGAUGACAGAUAAGUUAGGUCUUCAGUCUCUCCGUAACAGAACAUGGUAUGUUCAAGCCACUUGUGCUACACAAGGAACUGGUCUGUAUGAGGGACUCGAUUGGCUGUCAAAUGAACUUUCAAAACGUUAAAUGAACCUGGAUAUCUAACCAAGGACAUGUUUGAUAGAAUUGGUCUAGACUUGUUACAACAAAAUUAGUUUGCAUCUUGGUUAUUAAAGGAUAUCUGAGACAGGUUUGGGCAGAAUAUUACAGCAUUUAAAACUUA